AUGAAGAUGCUCAGUACUAAGAAACUCAUCAACAUGGCCAAGAGAUGGCAGAAGUUCGCGGCAAAGCAGAGGAAGAGGAUUUCAUUUCCAAGAAAUGACAGUGAUACAGACAGUUAUAGUACAUCCUCAUCCUCUAUAGUUGAAAAGGGUCAUUUUGUAGUAUAUACAGCUGACCAAGCACGGUUCGUCAUUCCCUUGGCUUACCUUGAAAAUGAGGUCAUUAGGCAACUUUUAAGCAUGUCUGAAGAAGAGUUUGGGCUACCGAGUGGUGACCCUAUAACAUUACCGUGUGAUUCAGACUUCAUGGACUACAUUAUUUCACUAAUCAAGAAAGGUGUAUCUGCUGGAGAUCUUCAUAAAGCAUUGCUCCUCUCAAUUACUUCAUGUUGCUGUUCAACUUCUUAUUUGCACCAAGAAAGUAGAAAUCAACAGAUUCUUGUUUGUUGA